AUGGCGCCUGCUCGGGAGCUCCAAGAAACCUCGUCGUCCUCGUCGUCAUCGACGUCGUCGUAUACGACCAGCUCCACGUCCAUGUCGUGCUCGUCCACCGUCACGGACUCCUCGUCGUGUCCCUCCUCGCCGGCGAGCGCCGCCAAUGCCGUGAAGGCGGCGCCGCGCAAGCGGCAGCUGGACGAGGGAGAGGGAGGGCAGGAGGAGACGGAGGAGGGGAAGACGACGACGACGGCGACGACAAAGAAGAAGAGCAAGCGUAGCAGCGACGGGAAGCACCCGGUGUACCGCGGCGUGCGGAUGCGGGCGUGGGGCAAGUGGGUGUCGGAGAUCCGCGAGCCACGCAAGAAGUCGCGCAUCUGGCUCGGCACCUUCCCCACCGCCGAGAUGGCCGCGCGCGCGCACGACGUCGCCGCGCUCGCCAUCAAGGGCGCCCGGUCCGCGCACCUCAACUUCCCGGAGCUCGCCGACGUCCUCCCGCGCGCCGCCUCGCCGGCGCCCAAGGACGUGCAGGCCGCCGCCGCAUUGGCCGCCGCGUUCACGUCUUCGCCGCCGCCCUUGUCCACGGAUCAGUCGGAGUCGGAGGAGCGCCUCAUCCAAGAGGAGACCGUCAAGAACGACGCCGGCGCGGGCGCCACCGCGCCGCCGGAGUCUGCCGCCACGGCUACGAGCUGCGGCGGCGCCGCUGAGCAGGCGGAGGAGGAGGAGCUGCGGCAGCUGUUCGACCUGCCGGACCUGCUCAUCGACAUCGAGGACGGAUUCGGAUUCUCCACCAUGUGGGCUCCGCUCCCCGACGUCGAGGAGGUCAAUGCAGACCUCCGGCUCGAGGAGCCGCUCCUUUGGGAGUAG